CAGUCAACCGCGUCCUUUCCGGUUCGUUCGUUGGAGUAGCUGUGUCUUAUUUAGUUUUAGCUGUAAUUUAAUCUAUCUCCAUCUUCCAAAAUGAAGAUCUACAAGGACAUUUUUACCGGUGACGAGAUGUUCUCGGACACUUAUAAAAUUAAAUUGAUUGACGACGUGUUGUACGAAGUCUACGGAAAGUUGGUGACUCGUAAAAGUGGAGAGAUUCAAAUCGAUGGGUUUAAUCCGUCAGCUGAGGAAGCUGAUGAGGGCACAGAUGAAGGUGUCGAAUCUGGUGUAGAUGUCGUAUUGAACCACAGGUUGGCCGAAACUUAUGCCUUCGGAGACAAGAAAUCCUAUACUAUCUACCUUAAAGACUUCAUGAAAAAAUUGGUAGCAAAAUUGGAGGAAAAAUCGCCAGACCAGGUUGCCGUAUUUAAAAACAACAUGAACAAAGUGAUGAAGGAAAUCCUGGGGAGAUUCAAGGAGCUCCAGUUCUUCACUGGUGAAUCGAUGGACAUUGAUGGACUCGUCGGGCUGAUGGAGUACCGUGAAAUUGAUGGUGUAUCAACGCCAGUACUCAUGUUCUUCAAACACGGUCUCGAGGAAGAGAAAUUCUAAAUUAAAAGAUAAUUCAUUAGAUAUUCAACAAAUUAUUGGAUGACGAAAUAAAAUUUUAUAAAUCCGGAAUGAAGACUGUACCUUAGCUUCCCGCGUCCUGGGGAUAAUCAGUGUCCAACGAACUCACGCUAUUUAAUUUAUAGCCAAUAACUAUUUUUGAUUUUGUCAUUUUCUUUUUAAUAAUUUUGCGAAUGUACAUAAAAAAAUCAGUCGAGUCCCCAACAGAAAUUAACAGAACGAAUUGUCCAGUAUAUUUUCUCGAUUAUUUAUUAAUUUCUGAAUAACUUGAAUUAGGAGAGAGAGAUGAAGAGGAGAAUGAAGAUUUGAUAUGAUGGAAUGAAAUAAAUUUGUUUUCGUGACCCAAAUGACCCAUUGCAAUCAAUAAAAAAAUGUUUUCAUAA